CUUCCAGUUCCACACAGCACUUCAGUGCAUCUAAAACCUCAGACAUGGAUGACCCUCCACAAAAUGGCUCCAUGCACACACUAACAUCCACCGCCCGACGACGGUAAGAGGCGAAUAUCGGCGUUUCCGCGCUCCUUUGAUACUAACGCGGGACACGAUUAGGCUUUCUAUCGACUCCAGACGAUUAAUAUGAGGUCAGGUGACCUCCGAAGAGAAGCUAAACCGCCGCUGGAUCGAUUGGUUUGGGAAUUACAAUUAGCUUACCUUUGGAUACCACUGUACAUAUAUAUAUAGGCUACCUGUAUAUAUAGAGAGAUAUAUAUAUAAGCUUUGGGGGAAAGCGGUUUUCGGAUUUUUCACUCAAGGAUGAUGGAAAAACUGAAAUCCGAGCAAUUUCCGCUCAGCCCGAGCGCGGAGGGCGACGCCGCGCCCGAGGAGGGAGACGCGCGCGGGAAACAGGAAGGCACGACGGCGGAGACGGGAGAGCAUCACCCCCCGGAGGAGCGCGGCGUCCUCAAUGGCGUUGCCAAGGAAACGGCGCACCACGCCACCGAGCUAAAAAAGGAAGUGGCGGUGAUCGAGCUGUCCAGGAGAGGAGGGAGCGCGGAUAUAAAAGGCAGAGAGCUCAAGGCAGACAUCAGCCAUAAGGUGCAGACCACCGAGCUGUGCAGACCACCGAUUCCUCUGCCGCUGCCUCCCAGAGAGCCGCUGAGCGACACUCGAAUGGUGCAGUUGAGUCCGCCCGCUUUCCCUCUCCCGGCUCGAGCGAUGCUCUACAGCAACAUGACCCCGCCGCUCGCCACUAUUAACAGUGGUUUUGCUGGAGAAGCGGAUCAGUAUGGGAUGUAUCCCAGCAGUCGAGUGAAACGCAGACCUGCGCCUUAUGAGGUUGAAAUCAACGAUGGUAGGAGCAUUUUAGAUCUUUCUAAGUAUGGUUCACAGCCCAAAAUCGUGCGACGGAUUUUCACGAACAGCCGCGAGCGCUGGCGGCAGCAGAACGUGAACGGCGCCUUCGCCGAGCUGCGCAAGCUCAUCCCGACCCACCCUCCGGACAAGAAGCUCAGCAAGAACGAGAUCCUCCGCCUGGCCAUGAAGUACAUCAACUUCCUGGCCAAGCUCCUCAACGACCAGGACGACAUGGUGGGCGGCGAAGCCCCUGCCCGCGCCGCCCGAGACGCCACCCUGGCACGGGACGACCUCCUUCAGGAGAUGCUGAGCCCGAACUCCAGCUGCGGGAGCCUGCUGGACGGAGACGCCAGUCCGGAGAGCUUUACCGAAGACCAGGACUCGUCGGUGGAGUCCAGGUCUUCGGCGAGGGGACUGCAUCACUCCAGCCACCCGCUCGACGGGAACGCCCAGCGAUGACUGAUCCGGCGCCGACGGACUGAGAGGGGGCGCAGUGCUUCAUGGACCUCAACUAGCGUAUGUUCAUGUCGUGUGCAAGCAUAUUCUUACGUAUGACUUUCUGUUAAGCUCUUCUCUUCGCGCUUCGACGCUAAAAAGGCGCCCUCCGCGGUGAAACGCCGGUACGGGGUGGAGAACGUCAGGUAGAUUUUGAAGUCCACACUUUAGGCUGGGAAUUGCCGAUCGCCACCUGGGAACGAGAGAAAACGGACUGAAUGGUACCCACAUCUCAUCAGGUACACCGCUGUGAAGGAGGUCAUUGGAAACAGCUGGACUAAAAAAAAAAAACUGAACAAAAACAAAAAAAAAACGGAAUAAUCCACCCCCCCCCCAAAAAUGUAUUUUGCCAUCAUUUACUCGCCCUCGUGUCACUCCAAAUGUGAUUUUCCGUGGAACCUAGAAGAACCGCUCAAUGAAAGUCGACGGACGCCGUUGACUUCUAUUGUACAGACCGCUUGUAUUGUUUGGUUUGAAGUGACACGAGGGCGAGUAAAGGGAUAAAAACCGACGACGCUCUUGAUUUUGGGUGCCCCCGGCUUUUGGCUCCGUGCGACGACAAAUGUGUACAUACUGGGAAUCGUAAUGAGUUGAGUAUCGCUAACGUCAAUGGCAAUAGCGGCCAAACGCUAUUUGGAAAAAAACGCCAUUUUGUAAAUGGUUUUUUGGUAUUAUGUCUCGAAUCCCACACGCAUACAAGAAAAAUGGUGGAGGAGGUACAAGAACGUGUACAUAGACCGGGAUAAUGUCGUGUGUCUGUAACGAUGUUCCUUUAGACUGUUCUUUUGCAUUGUGAUCAUGGUACACCAUUAAUCGGCAUUUACAUUUCACCUUCAUUCAUUUCUUCGUUUUUUUUUGGCUCAAACGCCCCUCCGACCCCGACGCAUUCACGGAGUAAAGUUCUGUCACUUUAUUUGACUUGUAUGAACUUGAUCUGCUUUUUAGCAGAGGAUUGAGUAACCAGUCUUGGUACCUUUAAGUCUUCUAUUGGGUAUUAAAACAAGCAAGCAAACAAAAAUGGUUAUUUUAAUGUGAUAUUUAGUAGAAAGACCUUUGUCGUAAGGUGAAAAAUCUAUCUAUGAAUAUAUGCAAUGUUAUAUCACACAAAUUUUAUAUAAAAACCCACAAAAAUAAAAAAGACAAACCUGAA